CUUUCCGCGAAAGCAUACCGUCUCAUCUGUAUCGCUUGAUCCUCUUGUUCUCGUCCAUCGGUUUGGCUGUGAAUGUUUGAUUGAUUCCACCUGUUUUUCUGGCUCUCUUUUUGGCGUUUUGAUCCAUUGUUUCCCGAACCUUCUGGUUUCGCAUUAUUGAUUUUAUCGUCCCUCGACGUAUUCAUGUAGGUCGGCCCGCACCUUCGUUGAUUUUUCAUCAUAUGCGUGUUUGACGGAUCGAAUCGCUGGACGUAACAGACCGGUUUGAUUUCUAAUUUAAUCCUCUUCGUUUUCCGUUCGCCCUGAGUCUGGAUUUUUGAAGAUGCGCCUUUAUUAUGAUCGAGCGUUUUUAGGCAAUUUUUGGUUUGAUUUCUUUACUGGAUGAUGUAGCUCGAAUCAGGGAUUGGAUUUCUUCCGAGGAAGUGCGAAGUCUUGGAUUUGUGUGUACAUGCCCUCACAUGUGGUCGUUUUUUGUUUGAAUUUUGAUGCUUAUUUUGAUCUAUUGCUAUAUCUAUCUACUCUUGCGGUUUUGACUCAGUUCGGAUCACGCGCUCGUUAUUAGCUGAAAUUACAGGAUCAGUCCUGAUCGAAGGAGAUCAUUAGGUUCGAUAUAUGGUAACAAAUUGAGCUACAUGCCUAAAUUAUGCUAUUUUUUUGCAAUUUUGGGCUUGAUUGUUACAUGUUAGUGGUUGAGUUUCCCGGCGUUUUUGUUUUUCUUCUGACCUUGCUUGUUUGAUCGUUUGAUCUAAGCUUAGAUCCGUUGGUUAAGCACUUCAACGAGAUUCAUCUGUUGAUUUGGCGUUCGUAGCACCCAGAACAGAUGCAGAUAUGUCCAGUUUUUUUGUCUUACAAAAUAAAAUGAAAACAUUUGCAGUAAUAUAUUGCAUAUUUCAUAUUCAUGUCUUUGCGAAUCAGUCACGGACUGAGGGCCCAAAACUUCAAGUCUUUAAGUUUUGGGCAAGUUAUGUUCAAUUUUAUAAUAUAGAUUAACCACAUGAAAACUCACAGUUUUUUGAGUCAGUAUACCAUAUUAUCACGACAUUUAAGUAUUUAACAAACAUUCGUUUUAACUUUUAAGUCGAACGUCCUCAUUUUUAUGAUUUUGGGAUUUUUAAAAUUGUUAUUUGAUACUCCCUAUGAUGUUUAGCCCAACCUUACAAAUUUUCUGCUCGUAUUAUGCACAUUGUCCGAUUUUUCAAUAUUUAACUUUUCAUCUUUUUAUUUGUAGACUUUUCCAUUUAUAUAUGGUACGCAUAUUAUCCCAAUUGUUUUUAACAUUUUAAUAUCUUAUUUAUAUUUGUAUGACAGUGCCCUUGUUUUGGUUCCAGUUUAUGUAUUACUCGGCAUUUAGUAUUACGCUAUAGUUGAUGGCUGCCUCUCUGACAGUUUGGUUUUUAUGCUCGUGAUACGGUUUGGAUCCUUCACUCAGUCUCAGAUUUUAAAUUUAUGAGUACAUGGUUGAACAAUAUGAGGGGAUCCUGUGUCAGUCUCAGACAUUUAUCAUAUAAUCCGUAUAUAUUUAAUGGCAUCAAUAAUAUGUAGGUGAUUUUAAUUGAAAUUAUAUACUUUUUGUAGUUUUCUUGGCAUCGAGAAGUCUUCUUUGCCAAGACACAAGCUGAAUUCCGAGAACCACCCUAAGCUGAUUGCUACUACGGUUUAUUCUAAAUUUACUACAUUUAUUAGCUGUUGUCAACCCUGUUCUUUUAGGUUGCUUGUAUUUUGGAAUUUUACCCAUGGUAGAGACUUCAACUGGAUUGAUUAGUAUUGUGCUUGGCUCUUUAGUACUUGAUAUCUGGCAAGUUAUGUUCUCUUGAUUAAGGCAAGUUAUGUUCUCUUGAUUAAGAUGCAAACAAGUCUUCAAGCUUUCAAGGUUUUGGAUUCAUCAGGUUGAAUGAUACUGGUGUUUUUGUCGCAUCUGAAGUUUGCUGCUUCCAACUUGUAUCUUCAUUGGCCUGAAAAUGUAUUAGGAUUUCAAUAUUUGUUCUGAAGACCUCUGCUUUGAUUAAUGAUUCCCUCUAUGGAUCACAUAUCUUCUUGAAGUUUUUAUUUUAGAUGGAGUAUUUGUUUGCCCUGGUUUGAAAAUAUAUCAGGGACUUGAUCAUAUGUCUGACAAGAAACUACUGGAUUUGUCUUGAACAUCAUCUCCCGGUUUGAUUGACAUAUCCCCUAUGUUUUUUCUCUUCUUGUGAUACUUGGAUCUACCUAGUUUGAUUGCUCAAGGACUUUUCGUAAUACAUGGACUUGAUCUCACGUCUAUUUAAAAAUUAUUGGAUUGUUUGGUUGGGUGCCAUCAUUUUGUUCACUAAUGAGUUCCCGUAUCCUUGGUUACCCUCCCUUUGUGUGUGUGGCUUGCAUUUGUACACAGUUUAGAUGAAGCUCAGCGAUGUCGUGUUUACUGUUUGGGAAUUGCUUCUAUCUACCUUGUGUAGUUGCUGAAGAUGAAUCAUGGUCAUCUCUCUUGACAAUUGAUGUAGAUCAGGCAGCAUUUGAUUUUCAGCUUAAGUUUGUCGAAUUUGACGAUGGGAUCAUACAUCAACUAUAACUUUUGGUCUUACUAGGUGAUAAUGAUUACUUGAUUACGGUUUGGCAGUUCAUCUCAUGGUAGUCUUAUCUCUAAGUUCAUUCUUUGUGUCGAUGUUUUUAAUGACGGAUUAUGCAUGUCAUGGAAUAUUCUAACCACUAGUCAACACCCCAAGCGGGUGUUAGAACCAUCACAUUCGGGUUUCUAUAUUCACUUUUUAUUGGCUCUCAAGUUCAUCGUUUAUGUACUUUAUGGCGUUUACUUCUUUGCCUACUAGGAGAUGUGAACUUGACUGGUUAGUUUUUGUGUUUGGCUUUUUAGUACUUAGAUCUUGAAUGGUAUAUCCUCUUUUGAUUAGAUGCCAAAAAGUUCCAUGUUGUUGUAUAAGGUUGCCCAUAUUCCGGACAGCUCUCUGUGUUUAGCUUUCUUCCUUAGUUAUCCUCCCACUGCAUUUGUGUAUGCCAUAGAAGAAGUAAAUAUAUGCAAUCCACAAUAGUGCAACCGACUCUGUAUUAAUAUAGGUGUGCCUUUGUUAACUUUUAUUGACAUCGGAAUUCAAGACUGCCAAACUCAUGAGGAAGCUUUCGAAGGCAUUUGUAGUUGUGUAACAUUAGUUGUACUUGGGCCUUGCUAUCUCCUCUCCCAUUUCUCAGCUUCAGCCUUCAGGGUUACAAAACUAUUCACUUCAUGCUAUUAUGAGUUAUGACUUCUCAGUUUUGGAAGCUUACAAGUUUGAUUGAUGAAUCUUUAGUCUUCGCUAUCUGGUUGAUUGAUGAAUCUCUCUUUGGCUUGGUUAUCUUCAAGAUAUCUUUUUCCAAGUUUUGCUUUGUAUCUCACGGAUGGAUCUCAGGUUGAGAACAUUGACAAAUUGCUUGUGGACUGGCUAUCUUUGUGAGUUUUGGUCGUUAUUUCUAACUUGUGUAUAUCUGGGCUGGAAGACAUAUUAUGGAGUUUGAUUUCAGGUGCAAAUAAAAAUUAUGUUUCUUUUUAAACAUCUUAACCUGGUUAUAUUGAUGGAUUCCAUAUGCUUCUGUUAUGUUCUUGAAAUUUCAGAGCCUUGACCCCAUAAUAUCUUAGUUUCCACUUUCCAACUACUGUUUGUGUCGUUGGCUUGAAGUUGUAUGUUUUAUUUGAACUCAAUUGCAAAGAGUUCAUCUUUUGUGGUUCCUCAGGAUGGUCCAAUCUUAGCUUAGCUCGUCAAACGAGACGAGGGGCUCCUACAAGAACGAGUUUUUUGAUCUGAUAGGGUGAACAAGAUAGUUAGUACAUCACUAUAUCCUGUGUCACUUUAUCUCCAAGUAAAUUAUCAAUAAUAUUUAAGAUGAUUUUUGACUGGGAUACGUUUUUUGUAGUCCUUGUGGCUUCAUUCUUUUUAUGGGCAUCUCCAAGUAAAUUAUCAAUAAUAUCUAAGCUGAUUUUUAACUGGGAUACGUUUUUUGUAGUCCUUGUGGCUUCAUUCUUUUUAUGGGCAGAUUUGCAUGUUAUGGAACAUUCUAAUCACUAGGCCAAGUUAAAUCUGACGACCACCACAUGCGGGUUCUACUAGUUUCACUUCUUAUUGCCUCUCAGUCCAUCAUUUAUAUAUAUAUUUAUAUAUGCUUUUUUGAGACUAAUUUGCGCUAUGCUCAAUUCUCUUUUUCUUGUAGGUUGCAUAGUUCGGUUAUUUUUCAUUAUUAGAAGCAUGAACAGGGUUGGUUAAUUCUCUUUGUAUUUUUAGUACUUGAACAUUGGGAAGUUAUGUUGUCUUGAUUCCAUGCAAAGAAGUUCCAUCUUGCUGUCUGAGCUCUCCUUUGGCGCUUUCUUUUUGCUUAGACUCCAUCCCUGAUUUAACAUCCUUCAACACGUUUCUUAUGCCAUUAGGAUAAGUAAGUCUGCAAUCUGCAUUCAAGAAACUAGCUUUGCGCUAUUUAUCUAAACAAAGGUGCGCCAGUUUUCACUUCCAUUCAGAUGAAUCCAAACUUUAAGAUGUUUUGACAGCGCAUUUACCACUACUUGUACUCACUAUAUAGUGAUCAGUUAUUAUUGCUCAACCUUAGGUGCAUAGUUUCAAGUUUGGCUUUGCCAUCUCCUCCUUCAUGCUGUAAUCUCAGACUUUCUGCUUGCCUGCUUUUGGUCUCAUCUAGUUGAUGUGAUGUUUGGUUUAUCCUAUUCCUCUCUUACGGCAAGUGUUGCCAGUUCGUGUCUGCCUUGAAUCUAAAAUGUAUCAGGGGUUUGAUAUCAGCUUGGAAGGGUUUGAUCUCAGUUUGUGAAGACCAUUGGUUCCACUCUCUUUGUGUUUGCUGUCUCAUUUAGAUUUUGGUUUUAGAUCGAGUAUUCAAGACAUCUCUUCCCAACUUGUGUUUGCCUUGGCUUGAAAAAUGUAUCAGGGGUUGAUCUCAGCAUGAGAAGACUACUGGAUUCGUCUCGAAUUUCGCGAAUGUCAUCACCCUGUUGGAUUGGCAAAUUCCCAUUGAUCAUAGGUCUGACAAUAAAUCACUGGAUUUGUCUUGAACAUCAUCUCAUGGUUUGAUUUACAUAUUCCCUUUGUUUUUGCUCUUCUCGUGAUACUUGGAUUUACCUAGUUUGAUUGCUCAAAGUCUUCAUUUCCAAGUUGUGUCUGUCUGAGCUUUAAAAGGUAUCUUAGAGUUGAUCUCAAUUGUAAUGAAAAAUAUUAUAUUGUUCUCGUAUGAUGCCAUCAAGUUGUUCAUUGAUGAGCUCAUGUAUAUGAGGUUACCUUCCCUUUGUGAGUUUGCCUUGCAGUUGUACACAUAUUUGAUCUCAAUUGCGAAGAGUUGCCGGUGAAGAAAUUUUGUUGGUUAAAUUAAAAAUUCAACGAUGUCAUGUUUACUGUUUGGGAAUUGCUUCCAUUUAUUUUGUUUAGUUGCUGAAGAAGAAUCAUGGACAUCUCUCUUGACAUUUGAUGUAGAUCAGGCUGAAUUGGAUUUCCAGCUUCAGUGUGUCGAACUAGGCGAUGGGAUUUUAAAACUACUAUAGCUUUGGUCUUACUAGGUGAUAAUGAAUACUUAUUUAUGAUUUGGGGGAGUUCAUCCUAUGACAGUCUUAUCUCCAAGUUCAUUAUCAAAGCAUCAAUAAUAUUUUAGAUGAACUGAGAUGAAACUAUUUAUUUUUGUAGUCUUCUUGCUGUCAAUGCUUUUAAUGACAGAUUAUGCAUGUCAUGGCAUAUUCUAACCACUAGUCAAGACCCCAAGCGGGUGUUAGAACUAUCACAUGCGGGUCUGGUAUAUUCACUUUUUAUUGGCUCUCAAGUUCAUCUUUUAUAUGUACUUAAGCUGUUGCUGUUAGAACAAUCACCUGCGGGUCUGUUAUAUUCCCUUUUUAUUGGCUCUCAAGUUCAUCUUUUAUACUUGCACGUUUUACUUUAUGCCGUCUUGGAGAUGUGUUCCAGGAGGAAUAGCCUCUCAUCAUAUUGCAGCAGGAACACUGACAUUUUAGCGGGGUUAUUCCAUCUUAGUGUCCGUCCGCUUCAACGGCUAUACAAGUGUGGUUUCUUGUGUGGUUUCUCAGGGUGGUCCAGCUUUAGUUGGUCAAAUAAGAUGAGCGGCUUGUACAUCAACAAGUUUUUUGAUCCGAUAGGGUGGACAAGUGGACAAGAUAAUAGAGAAAAGGGGCAAAUAAGCCCUCGAACUAUUUGAGGUGCCAUUUGAGGCGGUUCUCAGUGGAAUUUUUUGAUGAAAUUUGUUGAGCAUCUUCUUCAUUAAAUCUACUUUAUCCUUACCAAAUUUCAGCUAGAAUUUCAAUUGUGAAGGCAGUCAAAUAAAAGUUUGAAGAUGACUGCGUAGUUAAACAGCGUAGUAUAUUUUAGAAAUAAUUUGACCGCCUUUGAAGAUGACUGCGUAGUUAAACAGCGUAGUAUAUUUUAGAAAUCAUUUGACUGCCUUUCCGGUUGAAGAAAAUGCUCAAAAAUAUUUUCUUGAGCCCAGGGGUGAUUUGCACUUUUUCGGUUAGUUCGAGGGCUUAUUUGCACCUUUUCCCUCAACAAUAUUUAAGACAAUUUUUUAUUGGGAUAUGUUUUUUCUAGUCCUUGUGGCUUCAUUCUUUUUUAUGUGCAGAUUAGCAUGUUAUGGAACCUCCCAAGCACUAGGACUAGCUAAAUCUGAGAACCACCACAUGCGGGUUCUACUAUAUUCACUUCUUAUUGCCUCUUAGCCCAUCAUUUAUAUAUACGUAUAUAUACCUUCCUGUCUUACAAUAAGUGUUGCCAGUUUGUGUCUGCCUUGAAUUGAAAAUGUAUCUGGGGUUUCAUAACAGCUUGGAAGGGGUUUCAUCUCAGUUUGGGAAUAUCACUGGUUCCACUCUCUUUGUGUUUGCUAUCUCCUUUAGAUUUUGGUUUUAGAUUGAGUAUUCAAGAUAUCUCUUCCGAACCUAGUGAUGUCAUGCUUACUGUUUGGGAAUUGCUUUCAUCUAUUUUGUUUAGUUGCUGAAGAUGAAUCAUGGAUGUAGAUCAGGCAGGAUUGAAUUUUCAGGUUUAGUUUGUCGAACAAGAUAAUGGGAUGAUAAAACAACUAAAGCUUUUUGUCCUACUAGGUGAUAAUGCUUUAUACUUGAUUACGAUUUGGCAGUUCAUCCUAUGACAGUCUUAUCUUCAAGUUCAUUAUCACAGCAGCAAUAAUAUUUUUGAUGAACUGAGAUGAAACUAUUUAUUUUUUGUAGUCUUCUUGGUGUCAAUGCUUUUAAUGACAGAUUCUGCAUGUAAUAACGAGACCUCAAGCGGGUGCUAGAACCAUCUCACGUGGGUCUGUUAUAUUCACUUUUUAUUUGCUCUCAAGUUCAUCUUUUAUAUGUACUUGUGCUGUUUACUUCAUGCCUUUGUGCUUGGCUUUUUAGUACUGACCUUGAAUGUUAACUCCUCUUUUGUAUAUAUGCCAAAAAGUUCCAUCUUGUUGUAUAAGGUUGCUCGUAUUCCUUAGUUACCCUCCUAUCGCAUUUCUGUGUGCCAUUUGGAGAAGUAAAUUUGUGCAAUAGACAAUCAUGAAACCGACACUGUAUUAAGUAAGGUGUGCAUUUAUUCACUUACACACUGGAAAUCGAUGCACAAGGCUGCUUCACACUCCAAACUUGAGAGGAAGCUUUUGAAGGCGUUUGUAGUUGUAUACCAUUAGUUGUACUUGUUAUUCCAUUGUGAUCAGUUAUGAAGUUAUGAUUGCUCAAGUCAACGUACAUAGUUUGAAGUGAGGCCUUAUUUGUCUUCUCUCCCAUGUCUCUUCUUCAGGGUUUCAAAAUUAUUCGCUUCAUGCUAUUAUUAUGUGCUAUGACUUUUCAGUUUGGGAGGAUCUCUAGUUCAACUGAUGAAACCUCUUUUGUCUAGAUGAAUCUCUAUCUGUUUUGGUUAUAUCUUAUAGGAGAAGAAGAGUGUGCCGUUCCCAAAUCCCAAUUGUCUAAUGCUCAAACCUAUUAGGACAUCACUAUGUGCCGAAUAGUGGAGACUGGAGAAGGAGAGAUCGGCCGGUGGUCGCGAUCCUCAUCUGAAGUCGGUGGUCCUCAUCUGAAGUCGGCGGUCCUCAUCGCUAGGCUGGGAACAGUUAACUCGGCUUCUCAGCUUCUUGCUCUUGAGUCUUGAGGAGUAUAGUUGCUAGCGAGUAGUGACCUCGCUAGGCUGAAUUGGAUUUCCAGCUUCAGUGUGUCGAACUAGGCGAUGGGAUUUUAAAACUACUAUAGCUUUGGUCUUACUAGUUGAGAUACGAAUGGCUGCACAAAUACCACUUAUGGACCCGAUUGAUCGAUCUGUGCUGGUGAUGCCACGUUACGCGCAUCGAGCGGACCUUGUCUGGAAUGAUGCUACAUCCAUGGAUGACAAGUUGAGGUGUAAUGUAUAUUGUUCAAUGGUGUACAAAGACGGCCCGCGUCACCCAGGAGUGGUAGCAUUGCUGAAGGCCUUCGGCUUUUACGGCGUCGACUGCAUCGGAAGGUUGCAGUUAGACUGGUCGCUUAUUACGGCGUUGGUUGAGCGAUGGAGACCAGAGACACACGCUUUUCAUUUGCCUUUUGGUGAGGUGGGCAUCACCUUACAGGACGUAGAAGUGUUGUUGGGGUUGCCCAUCGACGGAGAACCACUGUCCGGACCUAGGACAAACUCGAAAGCACUUUGGAUGCAAAUGUGGACGGACUUCGCCGGUUUCACGCCAAACAACGACUUAAACACAUCUGUAAUACGAAUGAAUGCCCUACAGCGUUGGCCGGUACAUCAGCACAGCACAAAUGAGGAACUCAUCACAUACACGAGGGUGUUCAUUUGGCAACUACUAGGUGGGUUAUUGUUCCCCUCCACUACCGGGAACAAAAUAAAAUUGUACUUUUUAGAGUUGUUGCAGGGACCGCUCGGUGAAGCACGACGGUGGAGUUGGGGCUCAGCAGUAUUGGGGUUCCUGUAUUACAACAUGUGCAAGGCCGCCAAAGCGAACAGGAGAAAUAUUGGGGGAUGCUUGCUUCUAUUGCAGAUUUGGGCGUGGGAGAGAUUGCCCAUGGUGCGGCCGCGAAACGUUUUGCCAUAUGAGAAUCUACAGGAUAUGCCCUAUGGGUGCAGGUGGGCAUGUCGGCACAAUUGGGAACAAAGUUCUCGGUAUACUCUACGUAUUUAUCGAGAUCAGUUGGACGGGAUCCGAGAGAACAAGUUCGUGUGGCGCCCAUACGCAUUACAAGCCCUCCCCAGGUUCUGCGUCGCGGGAGUAGAUUUGUGGACAUCUAAUGUCAUGCUUAUAUAUUGUGACAUUUCUGAGAUGUACUACCCCGGUAGAUUUUGUCGUCAAUUCGGUGCAAUGCAACAUAUUCCUCCCGCAACGGAAUCACAAGCUAGCCACCAUGCAAGUGGUGCAAAAAAUUCUGGAUGGCCAUUGACACUAUGGGCGGUGAGGCACAAUCGUCGUAUCGCAUUUGAGUUCGUUGAUCAUCCCACCUACACUCCUGCGUACCGUGAAUGGUACGCAAGUGUCGGGAAACGACGGAUUUGCAAUCCGUUACAUGGUCGACCUACAACGGGUUAUGUAACUACUAACAGGGAGACAAGUACACUAAUGCAAUGUAUGGGCUAUAUCUAUCGGCGCAUGACAGCUCCAUUUGACGUCGAAGACAUUCGCGAGCAAAUUGCACGAUGCCUUACAUGAUUAGGUGCCGAGAAUGUGCUUCAUCAAGACAUCAUUUUCUAUGGGGAUGCCCAUGAUGAUGCAAUGGAUGAUCAUCCUCCACUUCGGCAAGACCGUAGAAGAGUCGCGGCCACUAGAGGUCGGCAUUACGGACGCGGUUAUGUUGCUCCACACGUCGACAAUGAUGAUGGUGAUGAUGAUAAUCACGAUGAUGAUAAUGAUGAUGAUGAGGAGGAGGAGGAAGAGGAUGACGAAGAUGGUGGUGAAGAAGAAGGACAACCAUCUUCACAUAUUCAUUCACACAUCCCUUCCUCAUCUCAUGUACCUAAUCAAUACUCUACACCGAUUAGUGCAUACAUUCCGACGUUUGAUGCGACAUCGUUUAUUCCACAUGUACAGCCUACAUAUGAGACACGUCCCACCUUUUUAAAUUCACCAAUUGAUUGGUUGAACAACUUAUUAGGAUCAGAUGUACAGAGUGGGAUGGGGAAAGAAGCAGGGGCAAACACACAACCGCCAAUUGAACAUAGGCCGAGAUGGGAUAUACAUUCUCGACGCUGUGGGACAGGGAGUCACUUCGUGGUGCCAGGUCGACACUAUGAAUCUGAUGAAUCAGAAUAGUUGUAUGUAAUUAGUUUUAUCAAUUAUGAAUUGAAUUUGUAAUUUUAAAUUAUCAAUCGAAUUUGAUAUUAUGUUAUUAUUAUCAGGUACUUUUACUAUUACAUUUCAAUAAUUCAAUAAUUCAAUUGAUAAUUUUGAAUUAAGUUAUCAAUUGAAUUUGUAAUUUGUAGUAAUUUGUAGUAAUUUGUAG